AUGUCUUCAAGAACACAAGCUACUGCAGGAUUGUUGGAUACACCUGCAAGCAACAUGGAUAUGAAUGAAGAAUACAGGCAGGAUACACCUACUCCCAUGCUGAGAGGGAGUGAAAUGGGAUCUCAAACUGGAGGUCAAAUGAAUGAAAAUGCCAUGAUUCGAAUGAUGAUGGAUUAUAUGGAGAAACAGGACAAAUGAAUGAAAAUGCUCAUACAAAAGCUAGGGAGCAACUCAAGCUCUCUGUCAACU